AAGAAAACCGUGAGCUCAUCGGGAGAAAUUGUAAAUCGUGAGUACAGCGGGAGGAUGGGUGGAAAUCGGGAGAAAGUGGGUAAAAACGGAAGUGUUUGGCAGGUAUGCAUUUGAGUGACGACGUAAGUGAAUCUUUAGAAUAUAUAUAUAUGGCAACGGAUAGUCUCGAAACAACCGAAUCGCCGGAAUGAUUUGUACGUCCCAUAACCUAAAAAACUGCGACCUUUUAGUUACCUCCCCAUAAAUGACGACAAAACUGCUUCCGUCUACUACCAAGACCUUUCACCAUUGGUUAAAUCCGGUGUUUUAAGAGGUAUUUCGCUGCUCUCGCCUGUUUUUACAACAUCAUGUAUUAACCCUACUCAGUGCAAGUGGUGAUAUUUGCUCUGAAGUCACAGUGAUAAUGUCUCACAGACUGUUUGAAGAAAGACAUCAUGCAUCCCUCUAUCAAAAAUAUCGCUUUGAUCCACCUGAUGAGCUAAAGGAGAUCAUUCUUCAGUAUCUGGACAAAAAGAAAGGCCAGCCCCAUCAGCUAGCCAUAGAUUUGGGCUGUGGAACAGGACAGAACUCCCGUCUGCUGGCACCACACUUCCAGCAGGUGGUGGGUAUCGACAUCAGUGAGUCUCAGCUGGAAGAGGCGAGAGCAGUGCCAGGGUUCCCUAACCUCAGCUACAGAGUGGGUACAGCUGAGCAGCUGCCAUUCCCAGAUGGCUCAGUGGACCUCUUGACAGCUGCAUCUGCGGCUCAUUGGUUCGAUCCUGAAGGUUUCCUAAAGGAGGCUGUGCGUGUCCUGAAGCCUCAUGGUUGCUUGGCUCUCUUUGGCUUUGGAGACAACUUCAAAUUACACCAUGAAUCCUGUAGUGAUCAACUUAAUAAAAUAUAUGAGGAUGUAAAGCAGGUACUGCUGCCCUACACAAGCUCUAAGGUAGCUAUGGCCAACUCUAAACUGCAGGAUUUAUUUGAAGCCAUACCCUUCCCAGACAAACAGAGGAUUGAAUUAAUUCCAAUCAAGCAGCAGUUGACCAUCAAAAACAUAAUUGGGUUUUAUGAGACAUUCUCUAUGUACCAAGCCUAUCUGAGAGCAGAGCCAAGUGCUGCAGCUUCUUUAUUAGAGAGAACAACAUCACGUUUUCUAGAAGAGAUGAAUGUGUCAUCUACAGAAGCUAAGCUUGAGUUAACAUUGGAGUACUUCUGUGUGCUGGCGUGUAAACCGCAGUGAGUCACCAGAUCCACCUCUGAUCAGGCCACCUGUACUGUAAUUUCAGAUUUUUUAGCUUUUACAAGCUCUUCAGCUACGUUUUAUCUUGGGUUAAUUUGUUAAUCAAGAUGUUAGCAAAUCUGUUGGAUCAUUCGAUUUAUGUAUAAAUAUUUUUAUAAUUUGACUUGAAAGAUUUUGAAUAUACAAAUCAAUAUAUUGACAUUGCUUCAUGUUACUUUGAAAUUGUUCCCUCAAAAACAUGAAUAUGUUGAUCUAAUUUUGUUUUGAAAAAUUGACAAAAUCAAUGUCAUUGUAUUUUUGCACUUUCACAUGUACAAUAAAAUUGUC